AUGGUUGACUCUGGACGCCUGCUGGUGCUGGUCUGCACUGUCUGGGUGGUUGUGGCCAUGUCUGGACCAGAAGCUCGACGUUAUGCUUCAAAGAGGCGACCGUGUUGCGUUCACGUCACCACCAUCGAUAAGAGCGCUGAGGUGGUGGGGGACACGUAUCACGAGCAGGAUGCAGCACAUCUGUGUGUGAAGGCUGUUAUUUUCAACACAAAUGUUAGAAAGCUUUGUGCUGAUCCAAACGCUCAGUGGGUCCAGAAUCUCACAGCCAGCAUGAUGAAGGUGUGA